AUGCCAGAGCCAGAUAGCGACAGCUUCCGACAGAAUCCUCGCUCUCAUGCAGCCACUGGAGCCUCUGCAGCAGGCACUCGCGCCCUCAGUGCACAGCUCAUAGCCUUUUACUUUCGAGCGCCAGUCAAAGCGUUUUUUCGAACUCGUGUUGAUGUCGGUGCUAUCCUAUACACGUCCUAUCUACAAGCCUUAGGUGCCCUCCAUGCCCCGGCGAAGGAAGGCAAAGGACGAAUUUAUCCGCCAGCACCUCCUACCAGUACCUUCGCAGCAGGUUUCUCAGCAGGAGCGAUACAGUCAUUGAUUGCGGCCCCUCUUGAUGCUCUACAAGUUCGACUACGUACAAGCGGCGUACUUGAAGGACAAUAUCAAAACAUGUGGGAAUAUGGAUGGAAGAAAUUAAGGGAAAUAGGCGUCCGUGGAAUAUUUGCAGGAUGGUCGCUCUCCCUUAUGCGCGACUCUUUCGGGUAUGCUGUCUUUUUCACCUCCUUUGAAUAUGUGAAAUCGCAGGCAUAUUACUCCUACAUCAUCUGGUAUUACGGAAGUCUGCAACGAAAAGACCCUUCGAAGAUUGCAGCUCUCCAAGAAUACAAGAAAACAACUAUCAAACCACACUACGCUCUUGAACCUUGUUUCCUGCUAGGCGCAGGGAUUGCUGCGUCUCUUUCGCAACAGGUCAUUUCGUAUCCUCUUGGAAUUAUCCAAAAUUUACAUUAUGGGCGUUUGGAAUACCUGGAUCAUCAAGCUUCACUGCGUCACUCGCGGCCGCAGAUGUUGAAACAUUACUAUCACGCCUACCAAGAGACUUUCAAGCGAUGCCAGAAGAGAGCCAGCAGAAGCGGAGGUUGGAUGCGAUGGCUAUACAGAGGCUUCUUACGAAGCAGCAUCCGUCAGGUGCCUAGUACUAGUGCCGGUCUUGUGAUUUUUGAGCUUAUGCGGAGGAAAUAUGCCAGUGCGGCUGACACGGUGCUUAUAGAGAAGGAUGGCUUUGAUAUCCUUUUGACUAACUAA